CAUAAACUUUCGAAAAAUUACAGUCAACGAUUUAAUGUUUGCAUUUAUUUUCCUCACCAUUGGAAAUACUGUAGGUCUCGUGUGUUUUCUUAUUGAACUUGUGAUGGGUAAAAAGUAUCAUCAAAGAAUCAGUUUUGAGUUACUUAAAGGAUGUUUAAAAUUUAAGGGAAAGAAAACGCGCAUCAACAUUCGAAGAAUUGUAGUCAAACCUAAACCAGAUAUUGCAGACAUGAAUUAAAUUUUACUUCAAUAAGAUGAAUCUAAAAAGCUUGAAUUAUUCUAGACGUGAGGUUUUUUGAAGCAUUUAUGCGUGUUGUUUUUCUUAUUUCCACACUACUUUUUAUCAGAAAAAAAUGCACUUCCAAGUAUUUCGUAGAAUUUGGUUUCAUUCGGUUUUCAGAAAGAAUCAUCGAAUUCGAUAAAAUUAUUUAUCUCUGUGUGAAGGAAGAUAUUGUGUAGUUGCAGGUCAACCUGGAUGUAAACAAAUCUAUUACUUCCAUAGAGUGAUUGUAUGAUGAUAAUGAUAAAAUAAUUGUCGCAUAAAAUCGUUUCACGUAAAUACACAAUACUGAUAUGGAUUAAAUAAUCUCACUCAGUGCAGAAUAAUUUUAUUAAAAACGUUUUCUCGGUAGAAAAAUAUAUUAUUCCCAUAAACGAUGCACAAUAAUGAACUGAAUUAAAUCGCAGUCGAUUCAGGAGCAGUUGACAGUCACGGACGUGCUGAGAAAUAAUAAAAAAUUUUCAACAAUGAUGAAGCAGUCUAUUUUACUACUGUUCUUACUUUUAAGCAUAUUUAGUGCUAUUUGUUUAAUAUCACCACGACACUCCAACAACAGUUUGACUGCAACUGAGAAAAUGUUGAUUCAUAUACUCCAAGAAUGUAACCUUGGGCUGAAUGUCACCAUAUUCUAUACUGGAAAUCACCCUGAUCUAACUCAAGCUCUACUAAGAAGCCAAUCAUCUAUGAGUUUAGGAUCCUGGAGUCUUAUGUCCUUCGCGAUGGAUAGAAGUUCUAGUGAUCUAAUCUCUACAAAUGGAAUCAUUUUGGUACUCAACUCACGCAUUGAAUAUAGUGAUAUAUAUAAUGUCAUGAAUAAUUGGAACUGUAUAGAUAAUUGCAAAGUGAUUAUUUUAUCUAAAUUGUUUAAUUCUUGUAAACUUGUUGUGGACAUUUUGAAGUUCCAAGGAUUCUUUUACUAUGAUAAUUCCUAUUAUAUAUGCAAUGACAAGAAAAACGCCCCAAUAGUUUUUACACAAGAUAGAUAUAAUAAUAUUCGACAACGUCAUUGGAACCGAGUCACUGUAAAAGUUGAUUCUAUGUACGAUGGACGCAUCUACUUUCGUCCGUACAAUGAAGAUAUAUGUCGUAACUUUGAUUUCGAACGAGUAAGACCUGUAAAAAAUGCAAACAUAUUACUAGGAGUUGUCAGAAGGGUGAGAAACAAGGAUGACAUGGAAAAGGAUUUUAUCUUGGAUGUAGAUAUACAUAAAUUUCCACCCAUUUUAGUAGAUUCGUCAAUACAAAUUGUUGAAAAAAUAUCAGAGGUUAAAUUCUCUGCUUAUAUAAAGACAUUUUUACUUCAAAAAGGUGCCACGAAAUACAAUUUCAUCCCUUUUUUUUGGGCGUCAACGUAUGUUGAUGUAAUGGGAAUCACUGCGGGAUUACUUCUGGACGUUAAGGUUGCGUACUCACACCCUGUAUUCUACGACACUUUUGUCAUUCUUUCUCAUAAGCAAGCUGAAGCAACACCUCUUCAGAAAAUAGCCAAGUUCUAUGGGAUUUUGACUUUGAUGUCAUUAAUCACACUUUUAGUCAUAGUUUUUUUUGUGAUAUACCUGAAAUCUAACGGAAAUGCUACGUUGGCGGCCUUUGAUGUUCUUAGACUUGUCAUUAACUCAGGAGUAGAGAUUCCGAUCAAUACUUUAUCACUGAAAAUAUUCUUCUGCAUGAUAUUUCUGUAUUUCAUAGUGAUUCAUUCAACUUUCAGUGGAAAUUUGCCGAGAUUUCUAACAAUACCUGAAUACCACGACUCCAUAGAUUCCCUGGAAGAUCUAUCAAAUCCCUGGAUUACAACAAUUUAUGAUAAGGGUUUCUAUACUGAACAUUAUGAAUUCAAAGAUAAAGAAAUUAAGAGAAAAGUAAAAUAUCUCUUUGAUCAUUCCGAUCUUUUUGAACAUUUCAUGAUGGACAAAAAUUCAGUCUGUAUAAUAAAUAAAAUUCAUGCUAAUUUGCUUACAUUCAACUUAGGAAAAUCAAUGAAUGAAAUUCACAUAAGUAAGAACGAUAUUGGAGAUGCAAUUUUUGGUAUUGUCUCACGACCCCGAUUUUACUUGCGAGAAAAGUUUCAACGGGCUACAUCUUACAUGUUUGAUGUUAGUCUAAACAAACAGCUAAAAUCGGUUGUCAACAAAGCUCAAAGGACUAUUAUAAAACAACGUAGUACCUCUGACAUAAAAUUUCGAAAAAUAACAGUCAACGAUUUAAUGUUUGCAUUUAUUUUCCUCACCAUUGGAAAUACUGUAGGUCUCGUGUGUUUUCUUAUUGAACUUGUGAUGGGUAAAAAGUAUCAUCAAAGAAUCAAUUUUGAGUUACUUAAAGGAUGUUUAAAAUUUAAGGGAAAGAAAACGCGCAUCAACAUUCGAAGAAUUGUAGUCAAACCUAAACCAGAUAUUGCAGACAUGAAUUAAAUUAUACUUCAAUAAGAUGAAUCUAAAAAGCUUGAAUUAAUCUAGACGUGAGGUUUUUUGAAGCAUUGAGGCGUGUUGUUUUCUUAUUUUCACACUACUAUUCGUAAGGUGCUCGGUGCUUCAUAAUUUAUUUAAAAUGUUAA